AUGAACUACCUCUCGUGUAUCAAGAAGGUCAAGGGAACGAAUGAGGCGCAAUGCAGGAAUAUCGCGAAGACUUAUCUGUCGUGUCGGAUGGACAGGAAUUUGAUGGCUAAGGACGAGUUCAAGAACCUUGGGUUCGGCGAAGAAAAGCCUGCGAGCGCCGCGAAGAAAGAUGAAGGGGCGGGAGAUGGGAAGAAGAAUGAGCUGAGAUGGUAA